GGGAUAGAAAACAUUUAUUCUUCAUGUUUAUUCGGAUCAGUAUAAUACAUCACCUCAUAAAAAGUAUUUUUUAACAUCGUAAUAGUUGUAUUAUACUACUAAAUUUUGUAAAGUUGUCUGCGGUUGUGGUGUAAAAUUUUUUUAAUAAAAUGAGUGACGAUUUGACAAAGGAGCAAACAGCUCUUCUUCGUAAUGCAUUUAAUGCUUUUGAUCCAGAAAAAAAUGGGUAUAUCAAUACAGCUAUGGUUGGAACGAUUCUUAGUAUGUUGGGCCACCAGCUGGAUGAUGCAACCUUAGCCGACAUUAUUGCUGAAGUGGAUGAAGAUGGGUCUGGUCAAAUUGAAUUUGAGGAGUUCACGACUUUAGCUGCUCGAUUUCUUGUUGAAGAAGAUGCUGAGGCUAUGAUGGCCGAGUUGAAAGAAGCGUUUAGGCUAUACGACAAGGAAGGUAAUGGGUAUAUAACUACUGGCGUUUUGCGUGAAAUUCUUCGAGAACUAGAUGACAAAUUGACUAAUGAUGAUCUUGACAUGAUGAUCGAAGAAAUCGAUUCUGACGGAUCAGGAACCGUUGACUUCGAUGAGUUCAUGGAAGUGAUGACUGGUGGCGAUGAUUAAUGAUUUAAUAUUGAUAAUUGAUCGAAUACACUUUAAGAAAUUGGACAUGUCACGUUAUUAUUGUUGUAACAUAUUUUAAAUGGUGCAUGUUGAGCCAAAUGAACAUACAUAUGUUAUAAAAACAUAACAUUACAAAAAAUAAAAUAAAAUAUAAAAAUAAUUUUUAUUUUAA